AUGGUCGGUGAAACUGGCUGUGAACGCUUUCGACCCAGCCGUUUUCGAUACCUGAUGUCAAAGGUUGGGAAGGACAGUGAUCUCACCCUCAGGACCAACGAAAGUGUUCAUCAACUUAUGCUAUGCUCCCCAGCACGCACUACCCCGCCGCUGUGUUCUGCUUCAUUGCUUCAUCGGAGGGACGUAUGCGGUGGGCUCUGGACGAAGUUGAGCAGACGAAUGCGAACGGAUGUGAUGAGGCAGAUAUCGAAGCGCUGUGGUGCUAAAAUACCAAGUGGCAAGAAUUGCACAAUGGCCAAACAACGGUAUAUUUCACCAGUGAGUUUUGCGACAAGUACGCUUAAAUAUCAGCUACUCCACAUCGUUCACCUAAUCCCCAACGCCCGACAACCGAUAGAAGAUGCUUUGCCCAUGUUGAGUUGGAAACACCCUUCCCUUCCACAGAGGAGGCGGAGAUGGCUGGAAACCAUGCCUUACAAGAGGAUAUAUCAUCACCCAAGCGGGGUAACAACCUCGUGGAUCGCCUCCAACCUUGAGCUGAUUGCACAGGUCCAGACUUCUAAAAUCAGCGACAGGGACUCGGUUCCUGUCAACAUGCCAGACGCCCAUUCUCAACAUCACCUCCUUGAAGACGGCGAGAGCGCAGAUGUGCAGCGGCAAAUUAUAGCUCCUCCUCUGUAUAAAUAG